CACAUGGACUGAUGUCUUUUCCAAGCUGCUAUGUGUGAGGUUGGUUUGCAAGGUUUGUAGCGAGCUGUCAUUUGCUUAUCUGCCAUUCGAGAGAGGAACCCUCCGAGUUCAACUUCUCGUCACAACCACAUCAAAUCAGCAUGGACAACCCAACCUCAACGGCCCACCAACGCACUUCAGACCUGUUGACAAUACCCAAUCAGAUCCCAGCAGAUUGGCCUGCCGCCUUUCAAUCGGCAAGAAUCAAAUACAUCAUCCCGGCCGAUCAGACUGCCAUCCUGCCUGAAUCGGAUGACCAACAUCCCACAGACCAGUCAGAACUCCUGAGUUGGUUGGAUAAACUUAUCAAAACCCCCACUCGUCAAUCCGUUUAUCUGGGUGAAUCGUUGAAGGUCCAUAUCAUUCUAAGCCUCACCGAACCUGCGAAUGUCGGAUUUACAGAACAUGAUCUGAUUCAGAACCAUCUACAAGCGAAUCUUUCGAUCCAUAUCCAAGGCAAUGUGCUACAAGCUGGCAGUCCCACCACCAUCCCUUCGAUUCGAGCGGAGAGGUAUCAUGUGGAUUCCCCAGGUCCAUCGCCGAGGCAGAAUCGUUCCAAACAGCCGAAUUUGCUUGGUCGUCCUCAGCCCUCGAUCCGUAUUCCUCACUCUGACGCGUCAAGCCAAUACGAGUCUCAUCAGCUAUCUAAACCCUUCCAGCUUUUCACUGGCAGCUACUCGCAUGCCAAGGCGGAACCUCCCAAUGAAUCCGAACGACUCGAUUCAAGCCAUCCUCAUAAACUUAAGCCUACAAAUACCGGUACUCGCGUCACAUUGCAGGUAGCCAAGUUGGCCAAUCAAUGGCUGGUUGUUUGGAAGGUUUCGUGUGAACUGGGUGUGUGCUAACUUUUAUCCUCUCCUUCGCUUGCUAUGAGUUCGUUUCCUGUAUGAUCACUUCUUUCCCCCAUCGGAAAACAUGCGUGAAUUAACGAAAGGAAGAAGAAAUGAGCAACUGGUUUACCAAUGCCGUCAUACUCUGAACCAUUUAAAUUGGCAGGCCAUUUACAGGAAUCGAAUCAGACUGGGUCCCUCUCAUUAUCAGCAGUGAUAACCUAUCAUUCGACACAAUCUCCCGUCUUCGACCUACCUGGACCCUCGAUUUUACCCAUUCCUCUUUUGUCAGAUUCGCCACCGAAUUUUAAUCCACACCCUUCUUCAUCCCGAAUUGGUGAUGCCGGCUUCGAGAAUGCGAUCGAAAUCGAUUUGUUCGAUGGAAUGGGACGAGAUAUCUCUGUUUCUCUCACUCGCCCAUUAAUAGCUCCUGGAAGCUCAGCUUCAGCCUAUCAGAGUGAAUCCACUCACAAGUCAGGCCAACCAAAUCGACUAGGGUCACCUUCUAAUCGAUUUUCACAUCCACAUCCGAAUCUCAAGAUCUCCUCAGGUAUGGCCAAUCCCAGUCGAUCAGAGGACUAUCUACCCUCAUACCCGGAAGAACGUAGGCAGAGUGCACCGGCAAUUUCAAUUCCUAUAGCCAGGAGAGCUUUCAGCAGUGCUUACCACAAAGAGCCAGCUCCAAUCACUCCCUCCUACCAGGAAAUCGAGCCAAACGUAUCGGACUUGCCAUAUCUCGAAAGGCAUCUCAUGUCAAUGAUUCCAAUAGUUGACCCGCUCAUCCUCAGAGUUGAUACGAUUGCUCCCCAGCGUCGAUUGAAGCCCCGAGGUUUGGCGGCUCAGCUAUCAAACCAUCCUGAAAUCGGAUUUAUCGAGAUGGAAAAGCCUUUCAAUCCAAUGCUAAUGUUAGAACUCAGCUUUCCGGAAGACUCAAUGGGUACCAUAGAUGAUGAAUUCUUGUUGGAGAGACUUGAUAUCAAAAUCGAAAAACAAGGAUUGUUCCCCGAGUUUGAUCAUUCCGCCACAAGUACCAUUACGAUCAUUCCCAUCCAUCCAACUCAGCCCCCAGAUGGUAAUCUGCCUUAUCGAAUAUCGCGGAACGAGAUACAUAGUUUAAUUUAUGGCGUCCAAAUCGAACCGGCAGAUUUACUGCCUGAGCAAGGUCAACGCCACGCCUCAUCUUGUUUGCAGUACGACAAUCUGCCGAUCAAUGUUAGCUUACCUCCAUCCACGCUGAUUUCGAGCGUGAACUCUGCAUUUAACCAUCAAAAAACUGGUAUCCCGAUUGUUCAGGAGGGAUAUCAGCUUGCAGAAGAUGAUAAUUUGUCGAGCUGCACGGCCGUCGGACGAGCCGAAAAUUAUGUAGCGGGAGGUGGAUCGACUACCUUAGGCCCUGGAAAGGCUUACAAAUCGACCAGAGCUUCCCCGCUUAGGCAUUCCCAUGAUCCUGGUGUUGAUGAUACGUCUGGGUCUGAAGUCGGCCUGCAACUCAAGAAUUCGGUUGGCGUGGUCUACUUGCUCUCGAUUACCAUCCGGGGGAAAAUGGUCUCAAAGCAUUCAAGGAUCGAAUCGACUGGCCCGAUCGGCAGCACGUGGACCUGUCUGCUAAGCUCACUCGACUUGUCCGACUCGGCAACUCUCGACCUUUGCAGACAGACCACCGAAGAGAGUAUGGGAAUUCCACUGGUACCUUAUCGUGGCGAUGAACAAGCUGAGAAAUUUGCUUGGAGAAGCCCAGUUCAUGAUCUUAUCCUGCCCAGGAGAUGCGAUGACGAUCAUCACUACAAAAGAUCGGUGUUACCACACGGCGGGUUAGUCGCAGGCAGUAAGCGACAUACAGCAUCCAACCUAAUGAAUGCCCUACAGGAACUGUCGACUUUUCAGAGGACAAGCUCAACCAGAGGACUACCGUUACCGUCGGAGCGAUCCCGAAUGCGACAGAAGCAGCUAUCGCCACUCGCCAUUCACGGCUCGACAUUCGUCCAUCAGAACGCCUACGCCGAAGACUCGUCUUUUACCGACCCUCCGCCUUCCAGUGUACCCAAUACCGGUCGUCGAUUUCUUCCAGAGAAAGACAAUAAACGUAGAACACUUACUCCGACCGCCAGUCAUCCGUCACCUCGGGUGCCCGAACGAGUGCAUCAACCUGCUGAAGGCGACCCGGGAGCUUAUACGGGAGGUUACAAAGCCAACAAAACUAAUAGGCCUCCGGGUCAAACAUCAAGUUUGAGCACGCCUGUCCUGAUUGAGUCUUCCUUUGGACACGCGAUACCGACUGGUGCGAUCGGUGGACCUUUUGACGGAUUGAGAGGUGAGAGAGGCGGAAUAAUGAUCAAGGUGAACUGUUCAAGUCCGACAGGCGGCGAUGGGUCAAAUCGGUUCAAAGUCUUACAAGAAUUCGCUGUCGAAAUCCUGGUUUUUAAUCGCUCCUCUUCAGCGACGACCGAAGGACCAUUCAAAGUCAAGAUCCUCACCAACUCUAAUCUUCUUAAGAGUAGUAAUCAUACACAGCUCCCUAGUCCCAACGAACCAAGUCGGACCCACCUUUUCGCUCCUCCUCAGCAUCUCCAUCCGGCUGAUCACGAUCAUGUUGAUGAUAUUGGUGGGGGCGUUGUUUCGUUAGACGAGGCCAUUCAAAUCGGGCCGUUGGGCGGUGGGGAAUGUCAAGCGGUGAAGAUCAGAUUAAUCGGCCUGAAGCCGGGCAUCUUUCAACUAUACGGAAUCCACUUCGUCUCCAUCCACAGCAAUCCUCCCCCUCCCCAUCAUCAGGAACCGAUCCAGCCAAUCUCUGAGUUUGUCUUGGUAGACCCCCUCGUCGUUUUAAUAGAAUAAUUUAUCGCUCUCUCUCUUCUUGAGCACGACUUUCCUCUGAGUCGGCUCUGUAUUUUUGUGUAUAUGUAACUAUCCAUGUCCCUGUACCCAGUCGAGUCCUUGCAGUCUCUGACACGAGCUGAUCAUUCACGUCCUUCUGAAGACUAACAGAAGGCGUGGUUGUGCUACACCAAUGCAACUUUUCUCCUGUGCUGACAGUAAUUAUUGGGGUUGAUGAUCUUAUCUAAAAUUAGAAGGCAUAAGUUGGGUUUGGAUAUCGCAAACAGCCUUGCAAAUCUGCACUAAAAGACUAGACGUUGAGAUGUAUGCUUAUAGACUACAGCAUGCUUCUGCCAAAGCUUGAACCUAGAACAUGUUUUAGCUUCCUCACUGGAUCACUUCCAUCUUAUCUUUGGACUCAGUAAACUGUA